UCCACGCGCACGACCGGCUGAGGGAGGAUAUCCGCGGUUGGGGACGGCAGGACGCGCGAACUGUCAUGGCGGCUGCUGAAGCACGGAUAGAGGGCGGAGGUGCCAUUGCCGGCCUGAGGCCCGACGCCGGGAUGCAGCGGGCAGAGCUCUUGCCGCUUCUGGGGGCAGCACUGAAGCCGGGGGAGUCCUGGUUCCUGAUUGACAGCCGGUGGUUCAAGCAGUGGAAGAAAUAUGUGGGCUUUGACAGUUGGGACCUAUACAGCGUUGGAGAGCCUAAUCUCUUCCCAGGACCGAUUGACAACUCUGGGCUUUUUGCAGAUUCAGAAGCUCAAACAUUGAAAGAGCACCUAAUUGAUGAGCUGGAUUAUGUGUUGGUUCCAACUGAAGCCUGGAAUAAAUUAGUAAACUGGUAUGGCUGUAUAGAGGGACAACAGCCAGUUGUUAGAAAAGUUGUGGAGUAUGGUCUGUUUGUGAAGCACUGCAAAGUAGAGGUUUAUCUUCUGGAGCUGAAACUGUGUCAGAACAGUGACCCUGGUAGUCUUGUGAGCUCUUAUUUCAGCAAAGCAGACACUGUUGCUACGAUUGAAAAAGCAAUGAGAAAACAGUUUAAUAUCCCAGGUGACAAGGAAAUUAGGCUAUGGAGCAGGUACAUGAGUAAUACUUAUGAGCAGCUAAACAAACUUGACAGCACUAUACAAGACGCCGGGCUCUAUCAGGGACAGGUAGUUUUAAUAGAAGUGAAGAAUGAAGAUGGUACAUGGCCCAGGCAGUCUUCCCUGGUGAAAUCUAGCACUGUGACUAGAAGUCUAACUACCUCUUCAAAAUCACCAGCAAGUUCUUGCUCCUCAGUACUUGCCUCUUCAUCCAUUACAAAUGGUGAUAGCAAUAACUCUUAUGGGUUGAACUGUCCUAGCCUUGGCAAAGGAGGCUCUAACUUUUCUUACAACUCCUUCAACAACAGAGAGAGUCCUCCUCAGUUACAGCCUGGUCUCUGUGGGCUCAGUAACCUGGGAAAUACAUGUUUCAUGAACUCUGCAUUACAGUGUUUGAGUAACACCCCUCCACUGACUGACUAUUUCCUGGAAGAUAAAUAUGAAGCUGAAAUAAACCAGGACAAUCCUCUUGGAAUGAGGGGAGAAAUUGCAGAAGCCUAUGCAGAGCUCAUCAAACAGAUGUGGUCUGGGAGGCACUCUCAUGUGGCUCCCCGCAUGUUCAAAACCCAGGUUGGCCGAUUUGCUCCUCAGUUUUCAGGAUAUCAGCAACAAGAUUCCCAGGAGCUUCUGGCCUUUCUUCUAGAUGGUUUACAUGAAGAUCUAAACAGAGUAAAGAAGAAACCUUAUUUGGAAUUGAAAGAUGCUAAUGGCAGGCCUGAUUCGGUGGUGGCAAAAGAAGCAUGGGAGAACCAUCAACUGCGUAAUGACUCUAUUAUAGUUGAUAUUUUUCAUGGUCUUUUCAAAUCUACAUUGGUUUGCCCCAAAUGUUCAAAAGUUUCUGUGACUUUUGAUCCUUUUUGCUAUUUAACCCUUCCAUUGCCUUUGAAGAAAGAUCGAUCCAUGGAUGUGUUCUUGGUCUUUGCAGAUCCACAACGCAGACCCACUCAAUACAGGGUAGUUGUGCCAAUGAUGGGGGCUGUAUGUGACCUGUGUGAUGCACUCUCAAAACUUUCUGGAGUCCCUGCAGAAAAUAUGAUGGUGGCAGAUGUUUAUAAUCACAGAUUCCACAAAAUUUUCCAGAUGGAUGAGGGCUUAAGUCAUAUCAUGCCAAAAGACAACAUCUUUGUGUAUGAAGUUUGCAAACCAAUGGAGGACAGUGCUGAAUGCGUCACUCUUUCAGUUUACUUCAGAGAAAAGAAAGCAAGACAAUCUAAUUCAACUCCAGGAACUGUUCUGUACGGCCAGCCCCUACUCCUAUCAAUGCCGAAGCACAAGCUCACCCUAGAUUAUUUGUAUAGCGUUAUUUUGGAGCGGAUUAGCCGGUAUGUAAAGCUUUCUUUGAUUGAAGAAUUUUCUGAUGCAUCUGCAAAUCAUGGAACUUGUAAUGGCUCCAGUGCUGUUGCUGAAGGUGAAAUUGAAGAGAUGGAACAUCAGAAUGGAGAGGAAGAAAACAGGGAGAAAGUGUUGGAAAUGGAUGCCUGCCAGUCAGAAGAUUGUAUUCAGUAUGAGCUGGGAAAGGAAGAUCUGCAACAUAGGAAGCAUCUCUUCACCUUCAGUCUUGUGAAUUCUUAUGGAACAUCAGAGAUAAAUUCCCUUACUACAGAGGGGAAAGUCCUCAAGUUGAGUUCCCAUGCUACUCUUGCUAUUGACUGGGAUUCUGGUACUCGCAAGUUGCUUUUUGAUGAACAAGAAGCACAGGCAUUUGAAAAACACAACAGUAUAUUCCAACCACAGAAGAAGAAAACUACAGUAGCUCUCAGGGAUUGCAUUGAACUCUUCACUACAAUGGAAACACUUGGUGAACAUGAUCCCUGGUAUUGUCCGAAUUGCAAGAAACAUCAGCAAGCCACCAAAAAGUUUGAUCUCUGGUCACUUCCACGUAUUUUGGUGGUGCAUUUGAAACGUUUCUCAUACAACAGAUACUGGAGAGAUAAACUUGACACUGUGGUUGAAUUCCCCAUCAGGGAUUUGAACAUGUCUGAGUUUGUUUGUGACCCAGCAGCAGGCCCGUAUGUAUAUGACCUCAUUGCUGUUUCCAAUCACUAUGGAGGCAUGGGUGUGGGGCAUUAUACUGCAUAUGCAAAGAAUAAAGUAAAUGGCAGAUGGUACUACUUUGAUGACAGUAGUGUGUCUCCGGCAUCAGAAGAGCAAAUAGUAACGAAAGCAGCAUAUGUACUAUUCUACCAGCGUAGAGAUGACAAGGCCAAGAGAAAUUCAUCUCCAUGCACAAAUGUUGAGCUGACAUCAGAAGAAUGUGAUGGCAUGGAUACUAACUGAGCCUACACGGCAUCAUUCAGGCAAUCAAAUUGCUCAUCUGCAAAUGUAUCUGAAGCAUCUGAGAACUGCUCUAUCUGUAAAACUCAGAAUGGGAAGUCCACUAUAGGAGUACUCAGUGAGCAGUGACACUUGCGCAGGAGAAGCAAUAAGAUGACAACACUGAGUACAUUAUAAUUUAAAAGCUCUCAAAUCAAAUUCUACCACCCUUCAAUAAAGUGUUACUUUAAGCAGAAAAUGUGUGGAAUCAGACAUUAUGCUGUGUGGCUGAAGCAAUGCAUAUUAAGGAAGAGGUGCCUAAGCCACGUGGCAAGAAAAAAUUCAAAACCUUGGCUGUAAAUAGGCUUCAGCUGAGAAAUGAUGUACAUUGUGAAAGAUGCAUGGGCUGUGUGGCAUCUGAAAGACAGCAGAAGUCCCUGUUGACAUUUUAGGGCCACUUUCUGUACCUAUCUGGUAUACUAGAGUGCUUCUAAAACAGUUCUUAGGAAUUAAAUAUAGCCACAACAGUAUUCACAAGACCUGUUGAUGCCAAUCUGUGGAUGUCCUGAGCAUUCUUUAGCAGCACAUCCAAAUCUUUCUUGGUCAUGUUUAAAUGGUAAUUUACACACUGUAAUGGGAAAACUUAUUCUUUACCUUUCUCCUUGGGACUCACUAGGGAAAUGAAACAGUUUAUCCCUGGAGUUUUAGAGGAAUAGUCAUCAACUCUCUUCAUGCAAAGUUUUUUUAGCAGCACCACUAAAGGUUUAGGGCCCUUCUUAUCCUAGUCUGUCCAGGAAUAGAGAGGUUCAGUGGCUUGUCUCCUUUUGGAUGAUUUCCAAUACAUCAUGUUUUCUUUCUAGUUACAGAGACAUGGAAGUAUGAUAAAAUUUUACAUUACCUCCCUCCCCAUUCCAUUUAGAUAAGUUUCCAUUGUAUAGAGAUGGCAAGAAUUGUUCCAAGUCUCCUCGUUGCCAUAAGGCCCUCUGUAUUUGGUUAGACACUGCAAUUAUACCUAUUCAAAUAGCAUAAGAAACAAGGGUUUUGAAGGGGAAUGGAGGUUUAUGGUUAUUCUGCAGAAGCACCCUCAUGCACAGCUAUGUUACAUUGCCCUUUGAAGCCAGUUUCAGCAUUUGUGCAAGGAUAGUGUUACGCUUUACACUAUCAACACUUUUCCAGCAUUAGAUUUUCCUUCAACACAUGUUCUGUAUCUCAAAUUGGUUCUGUGCUGAUCUUGCUCUGUACCACAUAGCCAGCCCACUUGCCAUUUUAGCAGAAUUGGUCAUAAGUGCUUGAGUGCCCCCCCCCACUCACUGUAACUUUUUAGCAGAGUCCUCUUUGCUCAGCUGCAUUCUGCUCACUGACAAUCUUCCCUCAAUUACUAUAUAGAUAUGCAAAAUAGUCCUUACAAAGCACUGAGAUUUGAGUUGUUUGGUUCAGUUACUGAUGUUUCUGGGUUUUAAUGUUAGUCUGAGGUUUUACUUCAACUGGGUAUUUUUCCCUCUGAACUCUAGCAAUGGGGCUGGGUGGGUUUGGAAUUACUUAAGGGUUAAGUUCAAAUGUAGCACUGCACUGUUUUCCUUGCUUUAUUCCUGUGUUUUUUUCUGGGGUUAUGUUUUCUUCUGGAAUGAAACUUUUGAACGGAUAAGGAAACAUUUGAAGAGCAGUUCAAUGUAACUGUGUUUAUCUCUGCUUUAUACUGAAACAGGAACCUUUUUUUCCUGUACUUAGUAUGACUGGCUUGAACAGAUGUUUGUGGGUGAUCUUAGGAUCCUGAGAUUCCUCUAAAUGCUGUAAAGAUGAUGUUAGGAAUCUGGCUUUGACUCUGACCAGGCAGGAUCCUAGCUGGUGUGUACAUUCUGUAUAGUGUCAACAUCUGUUUUUAGACUAGCACUUUGUAAGCAGCUGGCUUUAUUGUAUAAAAAAAAUAAAAUAGUGUGGUGUGCACAGAG